AAAUAGAAAAGAGAGUUUUUUAAAGAUUCGGUCAGGAUUUAGGCCUACGUAGGAAAAGAAACAUUUUUUCAAAGAGUAAGAGUUAUUACUUUUUGGUUUCUAUCUUAUUUCCUUUUCCUUUUUUUGAAUUGAAUUCGGUUUUGUUUAUUCUCGAAAAAUGUCCUCGAUUUCUGACGAUAAUCGUUAUUUAAUGCAACAGCAACAACAACAGCCCCAGCAACAGUAUCUUCAACAGAUUCCACAGCCACAGCUUCAGCCACAGCCACAGCAACAUCAUCAACAUCAACAACAACAACAACAGCAACAUCAAUAUCAACAACAGUAUCAUCAACCGAUUCCACAAGCGAUUCCACAACAGCAUCAAUAUCAGCAACAGUAUCACCAACAGGCUCCACAGCAACAACAAUACCUGCAACAACAACAGCAGCAACAACAACCUUCUCCCCCUCAGGCACCGCAACUUCAUUACAAUCAACCACCUCAGCAACAUCAUCACUACCAUCAGCCUCCUCCCUCACAGCCACCCCAAAGUCGUGAAUUGGAUCCAAAUCUUAUGCCAAGUGUCACCGAUGUGAUUCGAGAAGACAUUUCUAAAUUAGCAGAGGAAAAUAUCAUUUCAACAAGGCCUUUAUCUGUUCCACCUUUGGUUACCACUUUGAAAGAUCCUGAAGUUAAAGUUGCUGUUCAAGAUGGUGGUUGUGCUCGUCCCAAUCAUUUACGAUCAACUCUUUACUCAAUUCCAAAUACUGAAGAUCUUCUCAAAACAACUGGUGUACCUUUCGGAAUUGUGGUCACUCCAUUUGCCGAAGAAGAGGUUGAUGACACAAUCAACGUUCCAGUCUCCGAAUCGGAGAUUGUUAGAUGCAACCGAUGCAAAGCUUAUAUGAGCCCAUUUAUGCGCUUUGUUGAUGGCGGUCGGCGUUUCCAGUGUGCUCUUUGUCGCCACAUCAGUGAAGUACCAAAUAAUUAUUUCGCUCACCUUGAUCAUAAUGGUGUCCGAUUGGAUGUCAUCGAAAGACCAGAAUUAAAUCUUGGUAGUUACGAGUUUAGAGGGACUGCUGAAUAUUGUCGAAAUGGUAUUUUAAAUUGUAGACGUCCACAUAUUGUAUUUGCCUUUGAGUUAACUGUUAACUCAAAAUUAUUGAUUCAUCAACUAUCAAAACAUUUACCUGAUGUUAUCAGGAAUCAUUUACCCACCGAUAUUCAAAAUCCUGGAUCACCACCACCAUUAGUUGGUUUUGUCACUUACAAUUCAAAGAUCCAAGUAUAUGAUAUAAUUAAUAACAAUCAAGUACGAAUAGUCAGUGAUGUUGCUGAAACAUUUUCACCUUCAACAACCUUCCUGGUUGAUCCAGUUACCCAUGCAGACCAGAUUGAAAGAUUUCUACAAUCAUUGCCUUCCCUCUACAAUGACAAUGAUCUUGAAACUGAGACAAUUUUAGGACCCGUUAUUGAGGCUGCACUUCAAUCGUGUCAAGUUGAUAAAAACAAUUGGUAUCUCGACCCUGAAAGUGGUAACACUGGUCAACAAUUUGAUUCCACGAAAGUAAUUCCAUCGGGUAAAGUUUACCUUUUCCACUGUACACUUCCAACCUACGGGAGAGACAAUGAAACUCCUGGUAGAUUGAAGAUCCGUUGGAAUCCAUCAAAUCAAGAUGAUGCUCGAAAAUUAUUAGGAACCGAUAAAGAGAAAAAUAUUCUCACCCCCGAACCAAGUAAACAUUAUACCAACUUUUCGGCUCGUUGUGUUACAGAAUAUGGUAGUGGUGUUGAGCUUUUCCUCUUUCCUCCAGUUAAUGGACCUUACCUUGAUUUAGCAACAAUUAGUGAACUGGUUCGUCUUACUGGAAGUGGUGGAAUAUAUAAAUAUUAUAAUGACUUUUCCGAAAGAUUUGUUACCGAUUUGAAAUAUUCUUUAAAAUCUAGUUAUGCUUUUGAUACUGUUAUGAAAGUGAGAACCUCUACCGGAGUCCGUCCUUUUGAAUAUUUUGGCAAUUUUUACUCAAGAAGUUCAUCGGACAUUGAAUCAGCUGUUGUCAACACUGAAGCGAGUAUUGUUGUUGAGUUUCGUUACGAUGAUAAACUUCCUGAUGAUGAAUUUGUUAUCAUACAAACUGCCACCCUGUACACUUCAAUUAGCGGUGAAAGACGCAUACGUGUCCAUAAUGCGGCUUUCAGUGUGUGUGAUGAAGCUGCUGCUGUUUACAAAAGUUGCUGUUGUGACACUAUAAUGAAUCUAUUUCUACGAAGUAGUGUAUCACAAUUAAAGAGUGGAACCAAAAAUCCGCAACAAAUUAAAGAUUUUCUAAUUUCUCGAUGUGUCGCCAUUUUGAGCUCUUAUCGUAAACAUUGUGCUUCCCCUGGGUCACCUUUAGGUCAACUCAUUUUACCUGAAGCACUGAAAUUACUGCCAAUUUAUACAACAGGAGCUCUUAAAUGUGAUGCCAUCGAUGGUGGACCUGGACUAACCCCGGAUGAAAAAGCUUACGCUCAAAUUGUUACUCUAGGUGCCUCCAUUGAUUUGACUCAAGUCAUUUUAUAUCCAAAAGUUUUAAGUAUAGAGUAUGAUCCCAAUUACGAUACUGGUCUUCGAGCGGUUCAAGUUCGAUGUACGGCCGCUCGAUUGGAUAACAACGAAGCGAUGGCUUAUCUAUUGGAAACUGGUUUCCAUUAUUUCUUAUAUCUUCCAAGCUCUUUGCCCAAUUCAAAGACCCAAACAUUUUUGUGGAAUCUUUUUGGUGUCGAAUCAUUACAACAAGUUCCAAUUGAACAGGAUUUACCUAAUCUAAUGACAAUGGAAUCUCAAUUUAUCAGAACAUUAAUUGAGAAUAUGAGUAAAAGACGACGAAGAGCAAUCAAGUUAAAUAUUAUCCGCCAAGGUUUGGAUAAGAUUGAAAUUGUCUUCAAGAGUUUCCUUUACGAGGACAAAAAGGUUGCCGAUAGCAUGGGUCAUGAUUCCCUCAGUUAUGUAGAUUUCUUGUGUCAUCUACAUAAAGAGAUUCGAGCACAAUUGAACAAUUGAUUGUAAAGCAAAGCAAAGGAAUAGAAAACACGAUUUCAAACAAUCACAAGGAUUUGAUUCUUUGUCUCUUAACUGUUGAUACUAAUCACAAAAUGAACAACAAUUUAUUAUAAUAAGUAACAAUUUGUUCAAUGAUGAUCAGAUUUUUUAGAUAACAAUUUGUUUCUUUAUUUUUGUUUGACAGAUGAAUGAACAACAGUGGAAGCUGAAUGUUUCCUAUGUGAUUGUAAUUACUAUGAUCUAGGUGAAGAUGAUGCUUGGGAUGAGGAUGAGAAUGAGGAUGAAAAUAGACAAGGAGAUUAGGAGGAAUAUUGGAGAUUAGGAUGAGAUUUAAUGAUAAUAACAAUGGAUUGAGUAUCUGUUAAGUUUAUACAAUAUUAAUAUCAAAGUUGUGGCUUAAAAAUGAUUUACAAUUAUGAUACGAAUAAUCAUCACAAUUAAAAAGAAACAAUUUAAAUUUUAUUUGUUACUUUUUUCUCAAUCAAUUUUCUCUAAGUAAAAACUAAAUUAACUAAUUGCUUCUGUCAGAAACUUUACUUUUAAAUUGUUAACCAAAAGAAAACCAAUUAAAAGCUAUAAUCAUGUUUAA